AUGCACAUCGCCCUGCUGGACGUCGACGUCCCCGUGCCAACCGUCUACCGCGCCCGCGGCCUGUACUCGUCGCAAUUCCGCCAUCUGCUGGAACACGCCGCGGCACGCCUCAACCGUUCCGCAUCGCGGGGCAUCUCCCUCUUCUGCUCCUCCUACGACGUCGUCGGCGGCGCUCUACCGCCGCUCGCCAGCCUGCGCACUGCGCCUGAUCCCAGCGACCCCGAUGUAAACCCGGGAAACCCUCUCGCCCGCCCGAUCGACGCCAUCCUGAUCACCGGCGCCGCGGCCGCCGCUACGACGUCGACGCCCACGCUGGAUCGCCCCGCUGCAGUCCUUCAUCCAGACCGUCUACACGGACUACCCGCACGUCAAGCUGUUCGGCUCGUGCUUCGGGCACCAGAUCAUCGCGCAGGCACUGCUCUCGCCCGCCUUUGCGGGGCAUGA